AUGGAGCCGGCCGAGGACAGCCUGGGCGCCGCCAUCCAGCCCCCGGAGCUGGCCCCGGUACCGGAGCGCAGCCUGCGGAUCCUGCUGGGCCUGCGAGAAGCGCUGUCCUCCGACGUGCGGCAGGAAGCGGCGGCGCUGGCGGCGCUCGCGGGCCCGGUGUUCCUGGCGCAGCUGAUGAUCUUUCUCAUCAGCAUCGUCAGUUCCAUCUUCUGCGGACACCUGGGCAAAGUCGAGCUGGACGCCGUGACACUCGCUGUUUCCGUUGUGAAUGUCACUGGAAUUUCAGUCGGGACUGGCUUAGCCUCGGCUUGUGACACACUGAUGUCUCAGUCCUUUGGAGGCAAGAACUUGAAGCGCGUGGGGGUCAUACUCCAAAGGGGCAUCCUCAUCCUGCUGCUCUGCUGCUUCCCUUGCUGGGCCAUCUUCCUCAACACCGAGCGCCUUCUGCUGUUCCUAAGGCAGGAUCCAGAAGUUGCCAGGCUAGCCCAGGUUUAUGUGAUGAUUUGCAUCCCUGCCCUUCCUGCGGCAUUCCUGUUCCAGCUACAGACGCGGUAUUUACAGAGCCAGGGCAUCAUUAUGCCCCAAGUUAUCGUUGGGAUCGCAGCAAAUGUUGUCAACGUGGGCAUGAAUGCCUUCCUGCUGUAUGCCUUGGACCUCGGAGUGGUAGGGUCGGCCUGGGCCAACACCACCUCCCAGUUCUUCCUGUCCGCCCUGCUUUUUCUCUACGUGUGGUGGAAGGGAAUCCACAUCCACACCUGGGGAGGGUGGACAAGGGAGUGCUUCCAGGAGUGGAGCUCCUACACCCGCCUGGCCAUCCCCAGCAUGUUCAUGGUGUGCAUCGAGUGGUGGACCUUCGAGAUUGGGACCUUCCUUGCAGGCCUUGUUAAUGUGACAGAACUGGGAGCCCAGGCCGUCAUCUAUGAGCUAGCUUCUGUUGCCUACAUGGUGCCCUUUGGCUUUGGUGUGGCUGCCAGUGUCCGAGUGGGCAAUGCUCUGGGGGCAGGGAAUGCUGACCAGGCCCGGUGUUCCUGUACCACUGUUCUCCUGUGUACUGGUGUCUGUGCGCUCCUGGUGGGAAUUCUGCUUGCAGCCUUGAAGGACGUGGUCGCCUACGUCUUCACCAAUGACAAGGACAUAAUUUCCCUCGUGAGUCAAGUGAUGCCCAUUUUUGCUCCCUUUCAUCUCUUUGAUGCACUUGCAGGCACCUGUGGCGGGGUCCUGAGAGGUACAGGAAAACAAAAGAUAGGUGCUGUCCUGAACGCCAUUGGUUACUACGGGUUUGGUUUUCCCAUCGGUGUGUCACUGAUGUUUGCUGCUAAACUUGGGAUAAUAGGCACAGGUUCGAGCUGGGCUAAAAAGCAACAAGGAGAUGAUUCCCACCCCAGCAGAUCUGCCCAUCUUGGAGAGAGAAGUUAUCGACGGAGUGAUUUUGCCUGAUAUCAUCAGACCAGAGAGCCAGACUGGCCAGCUGGUGGUGGAAGAAAACAGCCAGUGCGUGGUGCCCACCGUCGGGGAGGUCUUGACCGGGAGGCAGCUGGUUGUCUACCGUGGGACGGCUCUGAUUGUUUCUAUUGCUGUCCUCAUAGCAGGGAUUGUUGUGCGAGUUAUCAAUGACCGUGGCUGAGACAGGACUGUCCCCAGUCUACAGACUGGUGAUAUCUGUGUGCCGUGUCCUGAGCACGGGCGUGAGCUUGUCACUUUCCCAACUGCAGGUAGAAAGGCUGCCAGUAAGACUGUCCUUGGUUACGACGUGAUGCCGCCCGCCCCGAUGUACUGCAGCUCACAGUACAUGUGCCUAGUGUGUGCAAGGCUCUUGUUUUAUGUUCAGCACUGGGGGGGUGGGGGAGAAUGAAAAGAUGAACAAAUAAAUGACUAUCCAGAUUUGGGGGGUUGGGGUUGGCACUGGGAGGGAAGCCGAGGACCUCAGCACAUGCUAGGAAACUAACACCGAGCACCCCCGGCCCCCAGAAGCUCUGCUUGUAAGAAUGCUUUUCUCCGUUGACUUUAUCAUGAUUUCCAAAGAUGCCAGUUUGGUUUUCCCUACUGUGAAUGUGCUUUACCUACCCCAUCCCCAUCCCCCGCGCAUCCUCUGCUGCCUCGUUCUCGUGAUGAGUAACUAUCAGGUACCUAUUCCAGUUCGGUCUGGGAAUUGUGCCACAGAAGCAUUUAUAAAAUAAAGACCUAAGACCUAAAA